GGCGCGGGGCUCGCCGGGAAACGGAAGGUCGGCUUUGGCGCGCAGUGUUCGGCGGGUAGGGAGCAGGAUCCAGGCCCGGUGGGGGAGGGCUGUGUUUGGUAGACGGGGCCGCUGCCUGAUCCUUGGUCGCCGCCAUGCCGUACGCCAGCCAGCCGACGGUGCGGAUCACCGAGCUAACGGACGAGAACGUGAAGUUCAUCGUGGAGAAUACGGAGCUGUCGGUGGCCAACGCUUUGCGCAGAGUUCUGAUGGCCGAAGUAGCUACGUUGGCAAUCGACUGGGUUCAGAUCGAUGCAAAUUCUUCGGUUCUCCACGAUGAAUUCAUUGCACACAGAAUUGGAUUGAUUCCUCUAACAAGUGAUGAUAUUGUGGAUAAGAUGCAGUACUCCAGGGACUGUACAUGUGAUGAGUUCUGCCCAGAAUGUUCCGUGGAGCUGACUCUGGAUGUUAAGUGUAACGAAGAUCAGACACGGCAUGUUACCUCCAGGGACCUGCUGUCUAACAAUUCCCGUGUUAUCCCAGUAACGUCGCGGAGCCGAGACAAUGAUCCCAAUGACUACGUGGAACAAGAUGACAUCCUGAUUGUGAAGCUGCGGAAAGGUCAGGAGCUGCGGCUCCGAGCUUAUGCUAAGAAGGGCUUUGGAAAGGAGCACGCCAAAUGGAACCCGACGGCAGGCGUCUCGUUCGAGUACGACCCCGACAACGCCCUGCGGCACACCGUCUUUCCCAAGCCCGAGGAAUGGCCUAAGAGCGAGUACUCGGAGCUCGACGACGAGGAGAUCCAGGCACCCUAUGACCCCAAUGGGAAACCUGAACGAUUUUACUUCAACGUUGAAUCAUCUGGAGCGCUGCGGCCAGAAACAAUAGUCCUGUCUGCCCUGUCUGGGCUGAAGAAGAAACUCAGUGACCUGCAGACAAUGCUGAGCCACGAGAUCCAGAGCGACGUACUCACCAUCAAUUAGCAGGGCCGGCCCUCUCCCCCAACCCAACACUGAACCCUUCCAGGACUCAUCCACCUGAUACUUUGCUCAGUUCCAAACAUCAAUAAAGCUCACAUUUGUUUACUGCU